AAGUCAAAGAAACCGAUGUAACAGUCGGUUCAGAGUGCCGAUGGAGGAGUUCGGAGUGGCGAUUUUUGAGAAGUUGCACGUUUGUUUCCAUUGAUAAUAACGAUCAUUAACGCCAUGGCAGCCUCAUCAGAGGAGGUGCUGCUGGUGGUGAAGAAAGUGCGACAGAGGAAGCAGGAUGGCACCCUGUACCUGAUGGCUGAGAGGAUCGCCUGGGGCCCAGAGGGGAAAGAUCGCUUCACAGUCAGCCACCUGUAUGCGGACAUUCGCUGUCAAAAAAUCAGCCCCGAUGGCAAAGCCAAAAUCCAGCUUCAGCUGGUCCUUCACACUGGGGAGAGCACCACGUUCCACUUUGCCAGCGAGAGCACAGCACUGCGGGACCGCGACGCUGCCAAGGACCUUCUGCAGCAGCUCCUGCCCAAGUUCAAGAAGAAGGCUAACAAGGAGCUGGAGGAGAAGAACCGAAUGCUUCAGGAGGACCCCGUACUGUUCCAGCUGUACAAGGACCUGGUGGUCAGUCAGGUGAUUAGUGCUGAGGAGUUUUGGGCCAAUCGCCUUAGCAUGAACUCGGUGGACCACUCCAACAGCAAGCAGGAAGUUGGGAUCUCUGCUGCUUUCUUGGCAGACAUCAGGCCUCAGACAGACGGCUGCAACGGUUUGAGGUACAACCUCACUUCAGACAUCAUAGAGUCCAUCUUUAGAACGUACCCUGCAGUGAAGCAGAAGUAUGCUGAGAACGUGCCACACAACUUGACGGAGAAGGAGUUCUGGACCCGGUUCUUCCAGUCCCAUUACUUUCACCGGGACCGAAUCAGCACUGGCCUGCAGGACCUCUUUUCUGAGUGUGCAAAGCAGGAUGAGAAGGGCUUAAAAUCUAUGGUAGUCCAAGGUGUCAAGAAUCCCCUGGUAGAUCUCCUGUCCCUGGAAGACAAGACGCUGGAUGAGGGUUACGGUCCUGCCCCCUCCACAUCCAGUACUAGUAAAUCUGUAAAGGAGAACAGCAAUUCUGCCAUCAUCAAGCGCUUCAACCACCACAGUGCCAUGGUGCUGGCUGCAGGUCUACGCAAACAGGACCCUUUCAGUGACCAGACCAGCGAGACGAGCAGCACUGAUGGUAACUCCAGAGACUCGGACCUCUUUCAGCCACCCAUCAAGAAGGUGAAACUGCAGGAGGCGAUUGAGUAUGAGGACUUGCAGAGAGGCAAUGGACAAAAGACCGUUGCCCUGAAUCUGAAGAAAUCUGACAGGUAUUCCCAUGGCCCCGUGCCCAUCCAGAACCAGCACUACAGCACAAGCCAGGACAUCAUCAACUCUGUCAGUAUCAUCCAGCAUGAGAUGGCCAGUUACAAGCCCAGUCUUACUCAGGUUAUGUCCAAUAGUACAGCCAGCUCAGCAAUCAUCGCCCUCUCACCUGGGGGUGUGCUUAUGCAAGCCGGGACACAGCAGGCCAUAAACCAGAUGGUGCCCAGUGAGGUGCAGUCAGAACUGAAGCACCUGUAUGUGGCUGCUGGAGAGCUGCUGCGCCACUUCUGGUCCUGCUUCCCUGUCAACACGCCCUUCCUAGAGGAGAAGGUCAUGAAGAUGAGGUCUAACCUUGAGAGGUUCCAGCUCACUAAGCUCUGUCCUUUCCAGGAGAAAGUCCAGCGGCAAUACUUGAGCACUAAUCUUACAGGCCACCUGGAAGAGAUGCUUCAAACAGCCUACAACAAGUUCCAUGCCUGGCAGACACGACGAAUGCUGAGAAAGACCUGAUGGAUCAGGGGAUAGUGGACAAGAGAGGAGCGACAAGCCUUCUCUCUCCUGGGCCAGCUGGCCUUCUGCGAUCCACACUGGACCACGGGCCCCAUGCUUGGUCUGCAUUGGGGCUGGGAUAUCGGUGCCAUGGCAACUCUUGAUUGGUCGGCACCGAUGAACACUAGCACAGGCGAUAUUCAUCUAUUUGUUGUUUUUAAAUUCUCAUGGGUGGGGGGAAAAUGGGGGGGCACGCCUAUCUGAGUUCUCUCUAGGAUGUAGCAGAGCCAGGAUGCCGGAAUGAUUGCAACAAGCAGUCUGACAGGCGGGUUCUGUGGAGGGAGCGGCUCACCUCAGGUACCGAGUGAAGGAAGCUGAAGAACUGAGCUGCUGCUGUUAAGUAUGUUCGACUUACCCAUAAUGCAGUGCAACAAAAGAGGAAUACAAGCAAAGAAGAUGUUUGGAAGAAGCAAUACUGUAAAUGAACUGCCUGUGCUGUCUUUUAUGUAGCUGUCACAUGGCCAUCGCUGCACUGGCUUCGCAGGGCCUGCACCUGUAGGCUUAACAAUGGCUGUUUUGUUAGGCUUGCACUUGUUUAGGAGCAAAUAGAGGAAUGUGUAGAGCGAUUCCAAGCUGUCGCCACCACCCUUCCAGUGGUUCGUCAGGUAUAUUUAUCUGUCUGGAAUGCACAAGCGACGCCUGCGGGGAUAUCCAAAUGUCCAUCAGUGACAGCGACUCCAGUGUGCGCGCUGUCGUCUUCUGCCUUUCUCGCAGUGCUCUUUCACUUCUCUGACAGUUCCUUCUUUGAGAAGACCUGCUCGCUUCAAUGUCAUUCAAGAGCAAGAUAGAGGAAUUCCUUGAGCAAAGCUAAGAUGUCCAUGUCGUGGUAGCCAUCUCCGAGUUUACAGACCCGGCCCCCCCGCGAGUCCCAGUUCUGUUACUUGCACUGAAGCGUCCCUCGAGCUGUCUCCAAUCUACACUCUCUGCCCCACAUCGUCCAACUGGGGAAAUGUCACAGAACUGAGCCUGUCUACUGGUCCAGCAGUAUCUGGUGGUCAGUGUUAAGCAAGACAAACAUUUAACCAAUGACUGAUGGUGAUGGAAUAUUUUUUCCUAUCUGUCCUGUAUCUCUUUGACUCAGAAUUGACAUCGUUGGAGAUUCUUUGACUGUAUACAUGGAUUGAUUAGUGGUUUUAAGUGGUACCAUCUCCACUAUACUUUGUUAUUGUAGAUAAGUUAGUGGGGAAAAGGAAGCAUAGCUACAAUCUGGAUGUUUCUACCGCUCAGAAACAUGUAAGAAAAUGCACUCAGUGUUAAUUAUUCUUUUGCUAAAGCCUCUGAAAAGGUCUGUCCAUCUGUGAACUGACUGUAAACUCUUGGCUGAUUUUUUUUUUUUGCCCUUAGAACAGCAGAAUGAAAAGGAGUUUUGAUGUCCGUCUUCAGCAGAAGGUUUCUGUUGGCACGUGCUGUUACAGUCAGUUGCCUUUGGUGCCAUGACUAGUGCAAUAGCUUUGCUGUUGAAGCAUUUUCGUAUUGCUGUUUGCCUGUGUGAACAUGCCAUCCUUUGAAACUUUCAAGUUUUCAUGUUGUUCUCCAUCACUGGUUGAUGUCAAUUUUGCUAUUAACAUACCAUAAGCAGAAUGGUCUGGCACAUAUGCACCAACCCAAGGCUGCUGCCACUUCAUACUCGCAGUGCUUUCAUCAAAUGAUAUAACAAAUAUGCAAAUCCCAAUUUUAGGGGGAAAAGUGAGAUUUGCUUUGCCUUUCCUUUGUUAUCUACGGUUGUACUUGAGUGAGCUGUUAGCCACAGUCUCCAAACCCUGUUUUGACUCAACAUAGUCACUGUAAAUGCAGUCCAACUUCUUUGUUUUAUUUAAUCCUGUAAUUUUGCAAGCAUCUACUGGCUAGAUCCAUAAAGUGAUUUUUUUUUUUUUUUUUUGCUUUUCAUCUUGGACAACCCAGGAUUCCACUCUUGUUUUAGUAUAACUCUGUUUUGCGAAAUGUCAUGGUGGAAGACGAUGUGAGUUUUGGGAGUAGUUUUAGAAAUGAUCUGAUACAAAUGUUCCAGAAAUCGCUUCAUAAUUGUAUCCUGAUAUCGGCACUGAAAUUUCUCAUAGAAUAACUGAGUUGUUUGGGUUCUGUUGUUGGGGAUGGGUUUUCAGAGGCAGGGCUCAGUGAAUAUGUUUUAUUAUGCUUUGUCUUAAUACUGUAUGAAUACACCAGUAUGAAGGGAAAUCUUAUCAUUUUUGGUGUUAAGAUUUGGACAAAGAGAAUUUUUUCAAGAAUAACAGGUUUAAAUUAAAGUAAUUUGGUUUACAAUUAAAAUUGUCUAAUUUUAACUGUCUAAUAAAGAUAUGCAGAAUAAGAUUAAA